UAGUCGUACAAUUUAUUUACAGCAUUCCUUGUCAUCUUUAUCAUCCCGUUCUCAGAAAGAUAGAGACACAGAGUACAAAUUAAAGAAGAAUAAAAAGCAAAAAUCUUUAGCUUAAAUUUGAAGACUCUUCUUCCUUCCUUUGUUAAUGAUAGGAUGUUUGAUUCCAUAAACACCUCAAGAACAAGUUUCCCAGAUUCCCUUCCACUUUUAACAUAAAAAACCCAGUAGUAAUUUCAUCAUGUUCUUCUUCUUUAUAUUCAUACUCAUACACUGAAUAAGAAGUUUCUAUUUUCAGUAUUUUUCUAAUUACCAAAACAAAAAGAAUCAGUAAAAUGGUCACUUCCUUUCCUUAUUUAGCACCAUUCAAAUUCAACCUCCUCUGUUCCUUCUUCUUCUUGUUGGUCUUGUUAUUAUCUUCAUCUCUUGUUUCAGCCUCAGAUUUUGAAGCAUUGCUUACUCUGAAGCAAGGGUUUCAUAAUCAUCCAGAAAACUGGGAUUCGUCGAAUUCGAGCUCAGUUUGUUUAUGGACAGGGGUGAAGUGUCAUCAUGGGAGAGUAAUCUCGUUAGACUUAACAGAUUUAAACAUUGAAGGGUCUGUUUCGCCUUGUGUAUUAUCCACCGUAGACAGUCUCAUUCAUCUCUCUUUAGCAGGAAACAACUUCUCGGGCCGCCUCGACGAGUUCAAAACAAUGAGUAGUCUUAAGUUCCUUAACCUCUCCAACAACAAAUUUGAUGGUGGGUUGGAUGGUUGGAACUUUUCAAACCUUCCAAACUUGGAGGUUUUCGAUGUCAACAACAAUAACUUAACUUCCUUUCUUCCACUUGGGGUGACAAAGUUGAAAAACAUAAGGCAUUUGGAUUUGGGGGGGAACUUUUUCUACGGCAAAAUCCCACAAAUCUAUGGUGAAUUAAUCAGCUUAGAGUAUUUGUUUCUCGGAGGAAAUGAUCUUCAAGGGAGUAUCCCAAAAGAGUUGGGUAACUUGACAAAUUUAAGGCUACUUUUCUUAGGGCAAUACAAUGUGUAUGAAGGUAGUAUCCCAAAGGAGUUUGGUAAGUUGGGCAACCUUGUUCAUUUGGAUGCUUCAAGCUGUGGAUUAUCUGGGCCGAUACCCAAGGAACUGGGGAAUUUGGUGAUGUUAGACACACUUUACUUGCAUAUGAACCGCCUUUCGGGUGGAUUACCGAGAGAAAUAGGGAAUCUUACGGGUUUAACCAACCUCGAUCUUUCGAUAAAUGCAUUUGUUGGGGAGAUACCACAUGAGUUUGUCAACCUUAAGAGUCUCAAGUUGUUAAACCUGUUCAUGAACAAGUUACAUGGCUCAAUCCCUGACUACAUUGCUGAUGGUUUGCCUGAGUUGGAGACUCUUGGGUUGUGGAAGAACAACUUCACCGGCGAGAUACCGCGAAAUUUGGGCAAGAAUGGGAAGCUUCAAGUCCUGGAUUUGUCUUCCAAUAAGCUCACUGGUACUAUCCCUUCAAACUUGUGUGACUCUAACCACCUUACUGUCUUAAUCUUGAUGAAUAAUUUCCUUUUUGGACCUAUCCCAGAGAGUUUAGGCUCUUGUCUUAGUUUAAUUAGGGUCAGAUUAGGCCAAAAUUACCUUAAUGGUACUGUCCCAAAUGGGUUGCUUUACUUGCCCCAAAUCAACUUGUUGGAGCUCCAAAACAACUAUCUUUCUGGUAAUUUGUCUGAAAAUGUGGAUCCUUGUGUGUUAAACCCGGCUAAAUUGGACCAGCUUGAUCUUUCUAAUAACCUUUUAUCUGGGCCUUUGCCGAAUUCCAUAUCCAAUUUCAGUUCGAUCCAAUUUCUUUAUUUUGAGGGGAACCAGUUUUCAGGCCCAAUUCCCAAGUCAAUUGGUCAACUUAAGCAAGUAAUUAAGCUUGAUCUUAGCAACAAUUAUCUUUCUGGGUUAAUCCCUUCUGAAAUUGGAAGUUGUCCUCAUAUUACAUAUCUUGAUUUGAGUCAAAACAAUCUUUCUGGGUCAAUUCCUCCAGAGAUUUCUAGUAAUACAAUAAUGAGUUACUUGAAUUUGUCUAGGAAUCACAUUAACGGUUCGUUACCCGUAUCGCUAGGGUCCAUGAAAAGUUUAACAACUGUGGAUUUUUCCUUGAAUGAUCUAUCCGGAAAACUACCCGAGUUUUCCGCGUUCAAUGCCUCCUCCUUCGUGGGUAACCCGUUACUAUGUGGGUUGUUUUUGAACAACCCAUGUAAUUUGUCCUUGGUCCCUAGUCCUAGUCCAAACAUAAAAUCCAGUGGUGAGUAUAAGCUUAUUUUUGCACUUGUUCUUUUGGUUUGCUCCCUAAUUUUCGCGGGGGCGGCGGUAUUCAAGGCAAAAUCCUUUAAAAAGGGGUCCGAUUCUUGGAAAAUGACCACGUUUCAGAAAGUGGAUUUUAAUGUUUCGGAUAUUAUGGAAUGCAUGAAGGACGGUAAUGUGAUUGGAAGAGGGGGAGCGGGAAUUGUUUACCACGGUAAAAUGGCAUGUGGGUCCGAAAUCGCAGUAAAAAAGUUGUUAGGUUUCGGACCCAACAACAAGAAGCAUGACCAUGGUUUCAGAGCCGAGAUUGAAACCCUGGGACAAAUAAGGCAUCGAAACAUAGUGAGGUUGCUGGCGUUCUGCUCAAACAAGCACACGAAUCUGUUGGUGUACGAGUACAUGCGUAACGGGAGCCUCGGGGAAGCGUUACACGGUAAAAAGUUAGGAGCCUUCCUAGGGUGGAACAUGAGGUACAAGAUUGGAAUUGAGGCUGCUAAAGGACUUUGUUACCUUCACCAUGAUUCUUCUCCAUUGAUCGUUCACCGUGAUGUUAAAUCCAAUAACAUUCUCUUGGACUCGCAUUUCGAGGCACACGUGGCGGAUUUCGGUCUUGCCAAGUUCUUGUCCGGCGCAUCAGAGUGCAUGUCAGCAAUUGCUGGUUCUUAUGGUUAUAUUGCUCCAGAAUAUGCAUACACCUUACGGGUGGACGAGAAGAGCGAUGUAUACAGUUUCGGGGUGGUUCUGCUAGAGCUACUGACAGGAAGACGUCCUGUUGGUGAUUUCGGAGAAGGGGUAGAUAUAGUACAAUGGUCAAGAGUCCAAACAAAUGGGCGAAAGGAAAAGGUGCCUCUUAUCAUUGAUUCUAGGCUAACAGCAAUACCCCAAGAUGAAGCGAUGCAUUUGUUCUUCGUUGCCAUGUUAUGCACCCAAGAAAAUAGCGUUGAGCGUCCGACCAUGAGAGAAGUGGUUCAAAUUCUAUCAGAGUAUCCUUACCAUGUUAUGGGAUAUCAACCUGCUCCGUCGUCUUCGUUACUCAUUAAUAACAGCAAUAAUAAUAAUAAUAAUAAUAAUAAGCAACAAUCUAAUGAUGUUAAAAAAGGAUAAAGGUUGUUGCAUCAAGCAUCAGGAAGAAAUUGUGGUAUAAGGGUUAUUUUUUUUGGGGAAAUUUUUGAUAAUUGUGUUUAGAAAUGUAGGUUUUGUUAUUAUAGCUAGUCUUCUACUAUUGUGAAAAUUAAUAUGUAAACAUUGUGUUUCUAGUUUCACUGUCUAAUUAGAUUUAGGCAUAGAGUGAAUAUUGGACAUGGAAUAUAUUAUAUAAUAAUAAUAUAUAUACAAAAUAAUUAUUAUGAUUC